AUGAGCGUAUCGCCGGUACUGACGGUCCAUCAGUCGGGCAUCAGUCAUCAAUCUCACGAAUUUAUACCCAAUAGCAAAGAGCAUGGAUCUGAGGCGCAGCAAACAAUCUUAACUCUAACUACCGACGAUAGUUAUACUAACAGCGUAACAAAAAUACAAGCCUUCUCUCACGAAGAUACGAAUACUGCAGCUUGUGAAGCAACGGUAUUUGUUGGAAAUAACUUUUCCGAUGUAGAUAUACAUACAGAAGUUAGUAAUAUCGCUUCAGAAGUUCAGUCUGAGAAGAGCGGAUAUGAAUCGAUUGUCAAAUCCGUUGUUAGUAGUACUGAAUGUCUCACUCAACAAAAUUGUAGUAUGAAAAAACCGGCUCACGUAGUUAAAAUUAAAAUUAAUCCAAAGUGUGAUAACAAUAUUAGUAAAGUUAUAUCAGCUGUAACACUUAAUCAUGAUGAGGUUUCAUCAGUAUACAAUUUUCAAACCAGUAGCAUCAGUAACGACAAAUCUAGCAACACAGUUUAUGCCAAUAAUAACAAUGGGAUGAAUGAUAAUGAAACUGAUGACAAUGAACGCACUAAUAGCAACAGCAACAUUUUUGUAAAUGAUAAUAAUAAAAAUACACCCAUGAAUACCGAACCUUACACAAAAAUCAAUAUCGGAAGUAACAGUUCUAAUUCUUCGAGCAGUGAAUGUAUUUCUGACAAACUUCUUCAAAAUAACGUAAAUAUUAUUUCUGAAAAUGCAAAGGAUAGAGAAAUAGUUCAUCAAAAGUCCUGCAGUAAUCUACCAGAACCAUUAAAUACUACUCGUUCUUCUGGUUCAUGUUUCUAUUAUAACAGUCCACUAAAUAUGAUGGUGAUAUCAAGCGGUCAGAGUUCACCUUCUGAAACCCUUGAUAGUGGCACUUGUAGUGAUUUAGAUGGCACACCUCCACCUUUACCUAAAAAAAAUGCUUCCAAUACAGGUAUUACGAGGUUAUCAACUACUACUACUAGCAAUACUUUAGCUAGUCACAGCUAUCAUUUACAUCAACGCCACGACAGGACUGGAAGUUUGACAAGCAGUGGAGCCGAAGUAGAUAGUGAUGAUAACGAAAGUAGUAUUAGCUGUGAUUCAUUAAACAGUCUCGAAGUUCCAUUAAGUGGUACUGUAAAAUUUCGUGCUUCAAGAAGCUUAGAGCUAGGGACAGUCAAACAAUAUCGUAUAGAUAAGGGAAAUUCAAUAAAGAAUAAAAAGGAUGUCAUUAAAAAUGUAACAUCUAUAAAUGACGCUACAAGCAUUAAUGAAUACUUAGAUAAUUCUGAGUUAAAUAAUUCAAAGAAAGAAUCUUUCAAUUAUAAUAAGCCUUCAAAAAAAAUUCCGUUAAAUUCAGGAACGGUAAAAUUACUGAAAACUUCAACAAUGCCAAUAAUCAAUAGCUCAGACAUUAUAAAUAUGAAGUCAUCUUCUACAUAUCCAACUGACUCAAUAUUAGGGAGGGUAAAUGAGUGUACCUAUGAAGAUCGGCAACGUAAACAAGAGAGUAAUAUUAAUAAUGUUAUUGUUACGAUUGAAGGGCUGCCUAAUGAUAAUCCGUCCAUUGCUAAUUAUGUGUAUGAGGAUGAUCGGUAUUAUAAAUUUCACAUAAACGAGCGAGAAGAGUCGCUUAAGAACAUAGAUAGUAAUAAGGAAAAAAUCAUGGAGAAUGACGAUGAAUGUUUCGCUGGUUACAAGAUCCUUGAAAGGGAAGCCAUUCGCAGUGCCAAGGGGACCGUUCGCGGUGUCAAAAAUCGCGUGCGCGCGGGUAUAGCUACAUUUCUUCAGAAGCCUUCUAGUAAGAAUUACAAAAUAAAAGAUGCUGGAAAAGUAGUUGUAUAUACAACAACUAUGGGUAUUGUAAGAGAGACAUAUUACCGUUGCGUGUUAGUCAAACAGAUCCUUAGGACACACAUGGUGAAGUACGAGGAACGGGAUCUGUAUAUGUCAGCCGAGUCACAGACCGAACUUCGAGAUCGUAUUGGCUGCUCAGCCAUACAAGUGCCACAACUUUUUAUUGACGGUCAAUAUAUUGGGGAUGCUGAUAUCGUGGAACAAUUGAACGAGUCUGGUGAAUUACGCUUAAUGCUGAAACCUUACAAAAGCUUAGAUGCCUGCAAUACGUGCAAAGUAUGUGGAGGUUAUUGUCUACUGCCUUGUCCUGUUUGCAAUGGUAGUAAGAAAUCAAUGCACCGCAACGAUUUUACAACGGAAUUCGUAGCUUUGAAAUGCAUGAAUUGUGAUGAAGUAGGACUCGUUCGAUGUCAACACUGCUGAAUGGAUAAAUGCAAGCAUAAUUCUGGAACAACUGUUAUAAUAUGCUGAAAUAAUGAAGAAUGAGAGCGGAGAGUCAUUUUUUAAGCGCUUUAUGAUCCAAUAAAUUCUCGGUCACGGUGUUUUAACGACGUGUAAUCGUGCGAGUAAGCAGAUCAGAUACACGUUUGUGCGUAUUAGAAAAUGUUUUUGCCAAAAUACAGAACUUCAGAAACCACAAAAUGAAUGUUAACUCUUA